AUGUUAAUUAUGCUUGUAUACCCAAUAUUUAGGCAUGAAGCAAGAGGCAUCAAACAAAUUGUAUACGAAAUUUCACAGAAGUUGCAGCCAAUAACUUCACGUUUAAAUGAUCAAAACCAGGUCGGAAUGGCAGCUCGCUUGCAAGGUUUGGAAUUGGAGUUAGAAAUUGGGUCAGGCGGUGUUCGAAUGGUUGGAAUAUGGGGUGUUGGGGGUGGUGGUAAGACUACUCUUGCAUCUUCGGUUUAUGAUGAAAUUUGUAGCAAGUUUGAUGGUUGUUGCUUUGUUGAAAAUAUUCGAGAGGAAUCAGGCAGAUAUGGUUUGGGAAAACUGAAAGACAAAAUUCUUUCAGAAAUGGAAGUAAACAGAGCUGGAGGUCGACGAAGAUCCUUGAUAAAUGAUAUGUUUCGCCAUAGAAAGGUCUUGAUUGUUCUAGAUGAUGUCGACCACCCUGAUCAACUAAAAGCGUUAGCUGGAUCACAUGAUUGGUUUGGAGAAGGAAGCCGAAUAAUAAUCACAACUAGAGAUGAACAUUUAUUAACUGCUCACAAAGUAGAUGUGAUACACAAUAUUAUCUUGUUAAACAAUGAUGAGGCUAUGAAGCUCUUUCGCAAGCAUGCUCCCCGGGAUAAUAGAGUUAUGGAAGAUUAUGAGCAGCUUUCAAAAGAGGUGGUCUCUUAUGCUGGUGGGCUCCCAUUAGCACUUACAGUUCUCGGUUCUUUUCUGUGUGACAAAGACAUUAAUGAGUGGAAGAGUGCAUUAGUGAGACUGAAAGAGAUCCCGGAUACCGAUAUUGUGGAAAAGCUAAAAAUCAGCUUUGAUGGGCUUAAGCCAGUUGAGAAAGAUUUGUUCUUGGAUAUUGCAUGUUUUUUUAGGUGGGAAUACAAAGACGAGGCAAUGAAGAUCCUUGAUGCUUGUGGUUUUCAUCCGGUCGUAGGAGUGAAGGUGUUGAUACAAAAGGCUCUUAUAACCAUUUCACGAAAUGGAAAGUUUGAUAUGCAUGAUCUGGUUCAAGAAAUGGGACACUACAUUGUUAGAGGGGAGCACCCUAACAAUCCUGAAAAACAUAGUAGAGUUUGGAAGAAGGAAGAUGUUCUAAAUAUAUGUGCUAUGGAUGGAAUGGUGAAGCUUGACAAUAUUGGAGCAAUAAAUUUUCGGCAUGUUGCACUUGACAAAUCACAAUCUUUUCUUCAGGCUGUUGCAAACAUGAAUAAGCUUCGGUGGAUUGAUUUGUACGUUGAUCAGAUCAAUGAGAUUACACGUCCAUUGCCAGAGCAUUUUCUAAUGAGUCAUGACCUAGGGGAAAAUUUUCCACCAAGAGAAUUGUGUUGUCUAAGAUUGGCUAAUCUCAUGCAUAAACAACUUUGGGAGGGUUAUAAGCUUCUGCCAAAUUUGAAAAUCAUGGAACUUUAUAGGUUGCUUAACCUGAGAAUGACACCUGAUUUUGCUGGACUUCCAAAUCUUGAAAGAUUCAACCUUACUUUAUGUUGGUAUUUAGAAGAGAUUCAUCCAUCAAUUGGAUGCUCAGAAAGGCUCGUUGUCCUAUCUAUAUCAAGUUGUCCUGGUCUUAAGAUGUGUCCAUCUAUUACUGGACUAAAGAAACUCCAGAUCCUUAAAUUCUCGAAUUGCUCCAAACUUUUCAAGCUCUCAGAGAUCCAACAGAACUCGGACAAUUUAGUAUUUCAUUUGGAUAAUAGCGGUGAAGCACGAGUUAAGAAACCAGGAGAGAACCUCAUUGAUGUGGAAGAAUGUUGUUUAGAGCAACCUUGUUUACCUUACAACAAUAUCAACCACAUAGGGCUAUGGGUUUUUAGCAUAGGGUUAAGAAGGUUGGAUCUUAGCUGCUGCACUUUGGGAGAUAAAAACAUCUCUGAUGCUGUUUGGGAUUUACCCAACCUGGAAGAACUCGAUCUAAGCCAAAACAAAUUUUCACAAUUAAAUUUUGAUCUCUUGCGACUUCCUCAGCUCAAAUGGCUCAACGUGUCAAACUGCUAUGAACUUGUGGAAUUGUCGGAGCUGCCAUCAAGUAUAGCUGUUGUUAUAGCGGAUGAUUGUAAGUCACUCAAAACCCUUGGAGACAUUUCAAACUGUAAAUGGUUGUGGAAAGUGUCACUUAAGGGGAAGAACAAAGUAGGUCCACUUGUUGGUGACAUUACUACACUCCAUGCUCUAGGGAAAUGCUAUUGA